CUCUCCACAACCCCGGACUCUCCACCGUUACAAUACACAAUGGCGUCGCCGCCGCCCCCCGUUGAAGACCAGGCUCGCCUGCUCGAAGAUGCCCUCGCCGUGGUGCGCCAGCAGACGAUGCUCAUGCGGCGGUGUCUCGAGACACCUGGGAAGCUGAUGGACGCGCUCAAGUGCAGCUCAACGCUCGUCUCGGAAUUGCGCACGAGCAGCCUCGGCCCCAAGCAGUACUACGAGCUCUACAUGGCCGUCUUCGAUGCCCUGCGCCAUCUUGCCGUCUACCUCCGCGAGAACCACCCCGUAAACCACCUCGCCGACCUGUACGAGCUUGUCCAGUAUGCUGGCAACAUUAUCCCUCGCCUGUACCUCAUGGUCACCGUCGGCACCGUCUACAUGGCCAUUGAAGAUGCGCCGGUUAAGGAGAUCAUGAAGGACAUGAUGGAGAUGAGUCGCGGAGUACAACACCCCAUCCGUGGACUGUUCCUGCGCUACUACCUCGCCGGUCAAGCACGCGAUCAUCUUCCCUCCGGCGACAGCGAGGGUCCGGAGGGCAACCUGCAGGACUCGAUCAGCUUCAUUUUGACAAACUUCGUUGAGAUGAACAAGCUGUGGGUGCGACUGCAACACCAGGGUCACUCGAGGGAGCGUGAGCAAAGGACGAAGGAACGCCAGGAGCUCCAGCUUCUUGUGGGCAGCAAUUUGGUCAGGCUCAGCCAGCUCGUCGAUCUGGAGAACUACAAGAAGAUACUCAACCCUCUGCUUGAGCAGAUCGUACAAUGUCGAGAUGUUCUGGCGCAAGAGUACCUCUUGGAAGUUGUCACCCAGGUCUUUCCUGACGAGUUCCACCUCCACACUCUCGAUCAAUUCCUCUCUGCGGUCGCGAGGCUGAAUCCGCACGUAAAUGUCAAAGGCAUUGUUGUUGGCCUUAUGGACCGACUAUCAUCGUAUGCGCAACGCGAAGCCGAGUCGGAAAGCCCAGAGCAGCGCAAGAAGACUGAGGAGGAGUCAAUAACACAGCUUCUCGAGAAAAUACGGAUAGCGAAAGAGAAGAGCGCGGAGCCGGAGGCCGCACCUACACAACAGAAUGGUGAAUCUACCGAGGGUGCUGAGACAGAACCGAGAGCAGAUGGGACUUCGACUGCAUCUUCGAUCACAGCUGUAUCCCCUGCAGAAACCGAGACAGCCGAGUCAGACGGUGCGAUUGAAAAGAGACGUGGCAUACCGCGCAAUGUAAAGCUCUUCGAGAUCUUCCACGAGCAGGUGCAGACACUCGUCAAGAUGCAAAGACUGGCCAUCCAAGACACCAUUGGGUUACUUGUAUCGCUUGCAAAUCUUGCUUUAAACAUAUACCCCGAACGCCUCGACUACAUCGACCAAGUCUUGACAUUCGCAAACCAAAAGGUUACCGAAUACCAAAACAGCGCCGAUCUACAUUCACAAGCAACACAAAGCCAGAUCCUCAACCUCCUUCUUGCUCCUAUCAAGACCUACGUUUCCCUCUUCACCGCGCUGGCUCUGCCGAAUUACAUCCCUCUUCUCCAUUCCCAGCCGUAUCCCACACGGCGAGCAGUAGCUGGCGAGAUCGCAAGGAGUCUGAUGCGAAACAAAACUCCUAUCACCACCGUCGAGAACCUCGAAAGCGUGCUGGAGAUCCUGAAGGUCCUCAUCAGAGAAGGCAUUCAGCAAGCGCAAGGGUACCCGGGCGGCCCUAUCCAAAGACGAGCUCAGGAAACCGAAGAGACAAUAGAAGAGCAGGGCUGGCUGGCGAGGAUAGUACACUUGAUACAUGGAACGGACAACGAUACGCAGUUCAAGCUUCUUCAAUUAGCACGCAAGGCAUUCUCAGAAGGCAACGAGCGCGUCAAGUACACCACACCGGUCAUCAUCACAGCAUCUCUCAAGCUUGCGCGACAAUACAAGAAACGCGAGCACUUCGACGACAACUGGCAGCCGCAGUCAUCAGCGCUCUAUAAGUUCAUGCACAACACCCUCUCUACACUCUACAGCCGUGUCACAGGCUCCGCCGACCUAUCGCUGCGCCUCUUCGUCGCCUGCGGGCAAGUCGCAGAUCAGAACAACUUCGAGGAAGUCGCGUACGAGUACUUCGCACAAGCAUUCACGAUCUACGAAGAAGCGAUCAGCGAUUCCAGAGCACAGUUCCAGGCUGUGUGUGUUGUUGCCAGUGGGCUGCACACAACACGGAACUUCGGCAAGGAGAACUACGACACUCUCAUCACAAAAUGCGCGCUGCACGGUAGCAAGUUGCUCAAGAAGCCGGAUCAGUGCCGUGCUGUCUACCUCGCUAGUCAUUUGUGGUGGGCGACGGAGCUCAGGCAAGUCGGAGAGGAAGAUCCGAAGAACCUAUAUCGCGAUGGCAAGCGCGUGCUUGAAUGUUUGCAGCGUGCUCUCCGCGUCGCUGAUGCAUGUAUGGAUGCAGCAGUAUCAGUGGAGCUCUUCGUUGAAAUCCUGAACCGCUAUGUCUACUACUUUGAUCAGGAGAAUGAUGCUGUCACAACGAAGUACCUCAAUGGUCUCAUCGAACUCAUCCACUCCAACCUUCAAUCAAACGAAAACGCAUCAAGCCUCGAGAACCCAAGAAAACACUUCCAGCGCACGCUUGACUACAUAGCAAGUCGAGAGUACGAGGGCGUCAUCGCCACACCGAAGUAAUAGCGAUCAUGCAUCAGCCAGGUACGCGAGGUUGGAGACAUCGGUUGCAGAUAUUAUUGGCAGAUAACGCAAGGCGAGUUAUGCAUUGGAGUGGUAAUUAACGUACGAGAUAAUUAUACCACAUUUGAUUA